AUGAAUGUUCCUGCCCGAAUAAAGAGACUAGAAGAAGCAAGACAAAAUCAGCGUGCUGAAGCGAUCGCCGCUCAACGCCGGAAGCUAUACUGGCAAGGCAAACUCGACAAAGCGUUCCUGGAAAAUCACCCACCACCAGGACACUUCAAACCGGACUACUUCGAGUGGAAUACGAUCAAUUAG